AUGCCCGACACACGAAGCUGCAUGGAUGCCGCGAGGGUACUCCCAGUUGUCUUCGUGGUGGUGAACAUAGUCAGCUUGUACCUGAUUUACAGCUACUUCCACCUUGUUCCGAUGCUCCAGAGCUCGGAUGAAAACAGAUAUCACACGGGCAUCAUCCAGACCGCUGUCUUCAACGGUAUCUCCUUCAUGCUUAUGGUUUGCUACCUGCGGGCCGUCGCCACAAACCCAGGGAAUAUUCCUUCUAAGGAGGAAGACCCUCGCUGGGAGUAUGUGCCAGACCAGACCGUGCAGCAGCCCGAGACAAAGGAGACGAAGAAGACCGGCGAGCGUCGACACUGCAAAUGGUGUGCGAAGUACAAGCCCGACAGAACUCACCAUUGCCGCGUGUGCAAGAAGUGUAUCCUCAAGAUGGACCACCAUUGUCCCUGGAUCUACAACUGCGUGGGCUUUAGGAAUCACAAGUACUUCUUCCUGCUGCUACUGUACUCUGCGGCUGCCUGCAACUUCAUCACGGUCACCAUGAUCCCGACUGUAGAAUCUGCCGUGGAGCAGAACUCUGCCUUCGCGCAGAUGUUCCUCGUGCUCUUCGCGGAGACGCUCUCCGCGUUCUUAGGGAUCCUGAUCAGCCUCUUCUUCCUUUUCCAUGUCUGGCUGAUGCUGCAGGCCAUGACCACCAUCGAGUUCUGCGAGAAGAGUAGCAAAGAUCAGAGCUUUAGCGCCUCUGUGCACGACCGUGGCAUCAACGGCAACAUCCGUGCUGUUCUCGGAGACUGGAUGAUUCUGUGGCUACUGCCAGUGUCACCUCCUUCUGGCAAUGGCACGGACUUUACCGAACCAGACGGUGCCGAUGACCCCUUCAUCACCAAAACUCUGGAGCCCGACCGCGGGCUGCGACGGAAGAUGCGCCAGGCUCAGAGAAAAGAUCCAGCACCCAACCUCCGCAGCCUGCAGUUCCUCAUGCCGCAGCAGUCCGAAGCAAAGCUUCUCAGAGAGCUGACCGAAGUCCCUGCCGCCUGGCCUCUGGCGACCGUCAUCGACGCCUUCCUCGACUUGGCUCGUGGUCUAGCUGAGACGGACCGAGCUCGCGAGGCGCUGAGCCGUCGGCUGGUGGAGCUCUGGGCCGAGCAGCCGGAGGAGGCCGAGGCCUGGCUCGAGCGCUUCGGUGAGCUGCUGAACACGGCGCCGAGGCAGGAGCGCCUCUGCGAGGCGCUGCUCCGGCACGGGGCGGCCGAGUGGGGGAAGUACCCAUACGGCCCCUGGCGCUUCUCCGAGGCGGGGCUCCUUCGAGGAGAGCUCCGCUCAGCAGCGCAGCGGGAACACUUGACGGCUGUGUACCUGCAGGCGCCCUCCAUCCGCGAUCGCUGCCGGGAGCUCGCGGAGCGGCUCGUGGCGGCGGAGAGCUCGGAGACGGCGCGGAAGCGGCAGAAGCUCGAGGAGGAGCCUUCCGAGCGCCGGCGCCUCGAAGAGGAGCUCCAAACAUCGCAGAAUCGCCUGGCUGUGGCGGAGGCGGAGGUGUCCAGCAAGGACGCGGAGCUCCAAGCCGCGCAGAGCGACAGUGCAGGUCUCAAAGAGCAAUGCAAAGAGCUCGCAACUCGUGCUGCAGUUGCGGAGUCAGCCGUGGCAGAGAUGCGGCAGGAGCUCCAGCAGUUGCAGGGCGAGCAUGGCAAGUGCCAGGAGCAUUGCGAGGAGCUUGCGAAUCGCUUGGAAGCGGCGGAGGCAGACGCUUCCAAGCAUGCCCAGACCAAGGAGCUUCUGGCGCAGGCCCAGUCCCAUGCCGCCGAGAAGCAGUUGGAGGUGCAGCGGCUCCAAGAGGAGAGUCGCGGCUACCCGGAAUGUAUGUCGUCACAAGAGGCGAAAAGCAAGAUGGAGCUGCAGCUUGAGAAGGCUGUGCUGUUGGAGCGGUGCGAGCAGCUCCGUCAGCAGCUCGCCAAAGCAGAAGGAAAGUUGGGUCAGAUGCAGGUCUUGUGGGAAGAGAAGGCCACUUACAAGGAGCGUUGCCGCCAGCUGGAGCGCCAGCUGGCCGAGGCGAAGCCACCACCAGCCGCCGUUAGCCCUCCCGUCCAGGCCACGCUCACCUGCCAAGGCCAAGCAUCCAGCGACGAUGCGGCUUCCAGCGCGGAGUCAGAUCUGACCGAGUACAUUCUGGUGGACGACGGCAUAACCUUGGCCUCCUCCUCCUCCUCCGUCUUGAGCCACUCCUCUUGGUUUUCCGUGAAGCCCGACUGCUUCAUGGCAGAUGCUAUCUUCAAGACCCGCAGCUCCGGCGUCGACUUCUUCCUGAUGGGCCGGGAUCUACGGAAAGGGUCGCAGGUGGUGGCCGGCGACGAUGAGACCAUUUUGGAGGUCUGCGAGGCUCCCGUUUUGUGCCAAGCCAAAAAGGUCAUUCGUCUGCAGGCCGGUGCUGCGACACUGAGGGUCACGGCAGACCACCCGGUGCAGGUCCCAGCAGCUGACGGUGGGAUGGAAGACGGGCAGGGCGCAGGUAGCGGCCGCUACGUCCAGGCAGGAAGCCUGAAGCCGGGUGCCUUGGUCAUGCUCGAUUCCGGGGAGCCCGCGGCCCUCACGGGCGUAGCAUCAGAAACUGGCGACUUUGAGGUGCUGAAGCUCGCAUUCAAGCCGAACCGGUCCGUGGCCGUGUUUUCGUGCCCUCCUUGCAUCCUCAGCAAGGGCGCCAACAGCAAGCCGGCAAUCCGCCGUGCAAAGAUGGGGCAGCGCCGACGGCAGGGUUUGACGGCCGAGGAGAAUGCAGAUGAAGGAAGAGUCUCCAUGCCGAACACGGCUGGAACAUCGACUGAGUUCACCGGUAUCUUCUUCCGUGUCUCGAGUCGGGUCGUGAUUCAGUCUGUAGACCUCGAAGGAUUCGUGAGUUUACAAGGUGCUGUGGGGAUCGCAUGGGCGAUGCCGGAGGGAGAGAAGGCGGCCUACGGUGCCACCGGCAGCGGCAAGAGGCCAGCUGAGCCCGACCGCGCAUUCCAUCAGCUCCGCAUGGCGCAGCUGAACCUCUACCUGGAUGCCGUGAGUCGCAAGCCCGAGGCCUUCGUAAAGGCAAUUGAGAGGCGCCGCACGCGAGAUCAGGGUCCCGUCGACGCAGAUGGUGUCAGUGGUCUCUCGAUUCGGGGACUGCUCGCCGAUGAGGGAGAGGUGAAGGAAUAA